AUGUUGCAACACCUGGGCACCAGCAGCCACGAACUAGUGCUGAAUGACCUGGGGCAACAGCUGGCCGAGCGGGGUCACAACGUCACCCAGCUGCGGGUGAAGUGUACCAACUCUCGGCCUCUGCCGACCGGCGGGGUAGAGGUCAUUGACCUGCCGGCGCGCACCCGCGGCCUCGGGGGCGCCUACUUCGAUCGGGACGGCGUGUUCCGCGCACCCGUUCAUGACGUGUGGCGCCGCACCCGGCGCUGGUACAACAUGCCCGCCAGUCAGUACGUGUUCCAGAUGUUCAAGGUGAGACGCUGGUACAACAUGCUCGCCAGUGAGUACGUGUUCCAGCCGUUCAAGCAACUGUUCCAUAAGCUGCAGCAGAAGCAUUUCGACGUUGCCCUCAUAGAUCUCAUGGGCAAUGGGUGUGGGCUGGCUCUGGCGCACAAGCUCGGCGUCCCAGUGGUCGGCUUCUGGGUCAUCAGCUUCACCGGCCCCGAGAGUUUUGUGCUGUCAGCGGUGAACCUGCCGUCAGUGGUGGCCGCCAACCUGUCGGACCUCGGGCCUCACAUGAGCUUCCUGCAGCGCAUCACCAACACGCUGUCGGCGCUGGCCUACGCCAUCGGCUUCUACAUCUCAAACUACGUCGCCGACCAGUAUAUCAAGGUCGGUGGCGCUCAGUGGCGUCGGAGGGUCCUGCCGAACGGACCAGACGCGCUGACCUUGCUGCGGGCGGUGGACAUCACGCUGGUGAACAACAACUUCCUUUCCACCCAGCCGCUGCUGUUGCCGCCCAACGUGCGGUCAAUCGGCUGCAGCCAGUGCCGCGCCGCCAGACCUCUGUCAAAGGAUCUGGACGAGUUUAUGCGGAGCUCUGGUGAGCACGGCGUGGUGGUGUUCAGUCUGGGCAUCACCAUGUACGACCCUGACGUCAUACCGUCAGAAUUCAUCGAAACAUUCAUCCGGGUCUUCGGAAAGCUGAAGCAAAAGGUGCUGAUGCGGUACCACCUGAAGUCAACAGCCGACGUGCCCGCUAACGUCCACAUGGUGGACUGGAUGCCACAACGGGACGUACUUGGUCACCCGAACACGCGUCUAUUUGUGAACCACUGCGGGAUCAACAGCGUCAUGGAAGCCAUUUAUAACGGCGUUCCCAUGCUGGGCGUUCCCAUUUUUGGCGAUCAAGGCGAAAACGCCAAGUUCAUGGAGUAUCGCGGCCUGGGUAUCGCGGUGGAGAAGGAAAGCAUGACCGACGAGGCGCUGCUGCGCUCGCUGAAAACGUUGCUGUACAACCAGACGUACCAGCGCAGGGCGCGGCGCACUGCUGCCAUCUGGCGGGCGGACGGACAAACAGCGCUGGAGCGCGUCGAGCACUGGCUGACCAUGAAGGUGCGCUUCGGCCGGCUGCCACACCUGCAGAUGAUCGACCGCCACCUCGGGCCGCUGCACCAGCAGCCAUAG